GUGGGUUAAAGGGUGUGCUUUAAAAUGGCGGCCGGUGACAGGAUUUAUAGGAGUCUAUUUUCUAACAUAAAGUUCUUUUCUAGGGGAUGGGGGCCGAUAGAUACAAUGGAAAGCCUAGCUGGUGUUAUAACGAAUCUUAGUAGGACAAAAUUGCACGAGGAUAUAAAGGAUCACAGCCACCCUAUAAAAACCAAAAAAAUGGCCGAUAAUUCUGAAGGUACUAUGUAUGAAGGUACUUUCCUUUCUCCUCUUGCAACCUUGUUGCCCGGAGUCCUCCCAGAAGAAGCUGAAAUGGCUAGAUUUGAAUUGUUAAUUCCUAAGAAGUGGAGGAGUAGUGAUUCCAAACCAGUUUACAUACACAUGGCUGGUACUGGAGAUCAUUAUUAUUGGAGGAGACGGUAUCUCUAUGCUUUCCCUCUCUUGAAAUCAGGAGGGAUAGGAUCUCUCAUUUUGGAAAACCCUUUUUAUGGUCAUAGAAAGCCAAGAGUUCAAACGAGGUCCCAGUUACAUUAUGUAACUGAUUUGUUUUCAAUGGGUCUGGCGCUCAUUCACGAAAGCAUUAUACUUAACAGUUGGUUGGAGUCUCAGGGGAUUGGACCAGUUGGACUCACUGGCAUUUCUAUGGGAGGCCACAAUUGUUCCCUGAGUGCUAGUCUUUGGUCUAAACCAGUGGUAGCUGUUCCAUGUCUAUCACUUGUCACUGCUUCGUGUGUCUUCACUGAGGGUACCUUUAAAUCAUCAGUUUGCUGGGAGCCGUUAGAAAAAGAGAUCUUGUCUUGUCUGCUUGGAAACGACGAGAGAAGACUCAACAUAUUUAACUUGAUACUGUCUCACUACUCUCAGCCUGAUUUAAGAACAAUCACUGAACAAUACCGAAGCAAAGAGAGUAAAAAAGAAGAGAGAGAAAGCACCAAGGAUGACAAAAAGAAUAAACUUGGUAGCAUUUUGAAAUACCCAUUUCAAAAUAAAAGCGCUCAAGAGAGAAAGAAAGAACCAAGGCCGGAGGCGCUGCAGCUGUUGAAACAUGUGAUGGAUUUUUCAACUCAUUUCCAUAACUACCCAAAGCCGAUUGCCCCGGAACUAUUGACUUUCCUACCAGCUAAUGAUGACCUCUACAUGCCACACCACACUGUGGAGGACAUGAGAGAAGUCUGGCCAGGUUGUAAUGUCAGGUACAUUGAUGGUGGUCACGUGACUUCGUUCCUGCUCCAACGUAGCACUGUAGUGAGAACACUUAUUGAACAAAUGGACAGAUUAUUAUUAUUAGGAAGCAACUCUCUUGCUUGAAUUAUUAGACCACUCCAACUGCUGUAUAUUAGCAACGCUAUAAUUAUAUUUCACCAUUAUUAUUAUUAUUAUUAUUAUUAUUAUUAUUAUUGUCAAUAAUGAAUAAUUAUUGUAUCAUCUGUUUGUAGAUUAACAUGCCAUUAAAAUUAUAAUGAGUUAAUUAAUUGUGAUCUUUAUGUCACUUCACACUA